GUGGCUGGUCGUAAGGGAUUCCCUCAUGUGAUUUACGCUCGUCUUUGGAGGUGGCCUGAUCUUCAUAAAAAUGAACUCAAGCAUGUUAAAUAUUGUCAGUAUGCUUUUGACUUAAAAUGUGACAGUGUCUGUGUAAAUCCUUACCAUUAUGAGCGUGUAGUAUCGCCUGGCAUCGAUCUCUCAGGACUGACACUACAGAGUUCUGCUCCAUCAAGCAUGUUGGUGAAAGAUGAAUACGUUCAUGACUACGAGGGGCAGCCAUCGUUGUCUUCUGCUGAAGGCCAUUCAGUCCAAACCAUCCAACACCCACCUAGUAACAGGGCAUCUACAGAGCCUUAUAGCACCCCAACCUUGUUAGCUCCUACUGAGGCUAGCACUACCAGCACCACUAAUUUUCCCAACAUUCCUGUGGCUUCAACAAGUCAACCUACAAGUAUAUUGACAGGUAGCCAUAGUGAUGGACUCUUACAGAUUGCUUCAGGGCCUCAGCCAGGAACUCAGCAGAAUGGGUUUACAGCUCAGCCAGCUACUUACCAUCAUAAUAGUACUACAACUUGGACUGGAAGUCGGACAGCAGCUUACACACCUACCAUACCUCACCACCAGAAUGGCCAUCUUCAGCAUCACCCACCUAUGCAUCCUGGACAUUACUGGCCAGUUCACAAUGAACUUGCGUUCCAGCCACCUAUAUCAAAUCAUCCUGCUCCAGAAUACUGGUGUUCAAUCGCAUACUUUGAAAUGGAUGUGCAAGUUGGGGAAACAUUUAAGGUCCCUUCAAGCUGUCCCAUUGUCACUGUUGAUGGAUACGUGGAUCCUUCUGGUGGAGACCGGUUUUGCCUGGGUCAGCUUUCCAAUGUGCAUAGAACAGAAGCCAUCGAAAGAGCAAGGUUGCACAUAGGUAAAGGGGUGCAGUUGGAAUGCAAAGGAGAAGGUGACGUGUGGGUCAGGUGCCUCAGUGACCACGCGGUCUUUGUUCAGAGUUACUACCUGGACAGAGAAGCAGGACGUGCACCAGGGGAUGCUGUUCACAAGAUUUACCCAAGUGCAUACAUAAAGGUGUUUGAUUUGCGCCAAUGUCAUCGUCAGAUGCAACAACAGGCUGCCACUGCCCAAGCCGCUGCUGCUGCUCAAGCUGCAGCAGUAGCUGGAAACAUCCCUGGACCAGGAUCAGUAGGUGGAAUAGCCCCAGCUAUUAGUUUGUCAGCUGCUGCUGGAAUUGGUGUAGAUGACCUUCGCCGUUUGUGCAUACUCAGGAUGAGCUUUGUAAAAGGUUGGGGACCCGAUUACCCAAGACAGAGCAUCAAAGAGACACCAUGCUGGAUUGAGAUCCACUUACACCGUGCCCUCCAGCUCCUAGAUGAAGUACUUCAUACCAUGCCGAUUGCAGACCCACAACCUUUAGACUGA